UUGAACAACAGUUGUUGAAAAUAUGGUACAUAGAUACUGACAGUUUCAGCCUUCUGCUUAAUUUGGAAUCAAGUGAUUAUAGUUCUUAUUUUAAAAAGUCCAAAAAAUACAGAAUAUUUUCUCAUCGAUUAUCUCGAUUUAAAAUAAAUUUUUAAAAUGGAUGUGGUAACGCGAUUAAAAACUUUCAGACCUAAAGAAUUUUGUUGUGGAUGUACCUUGCGAACGGGAGCGUUGAUUUUAUUAUGGAUUGUUUUGAUCUUCGACAGUAUCGGACUGAUAUGGUACUUAAGGGAAAUAGUAUACGGAAAAUAUUUCUACGCGAGUGGUGUUAAGAAUACUGUUAUGAAAAUUCGCGCAUAUUAUUUUUUCCUCUGGUCCACUGUUGGCGUGAUAACCUCUUUGUAUGGAUUAUUCGGCGUUCAGAAGAAUAUUCCAAGAUACCUGACGUACAGUUAUUAUUACUUCCUUUACUACGUGGCUUUUGUUUUUCUGUGCGCAAUAGUCGUUCUGGCCAAUCCAAAUUGGCACAGAAAUUACAUUAUGGCUGAUGGAUACUUGGCUUAUGGAUCGGGAAGCGAAUUGACACUUAUAGUGUUUAUUAUGUAUGUUUUCGCAGGAGCGAUCUUAUCGUAUUUCGCCAUUAUUGUGAGAAGUUGUCGAGAUACCAUGGAGAAAAACCAAGCCAACAAUCAGUUCAACGCUAUGCCAGAUCCAGCAACUAGUGGUUACAAUGUGGCCUAAACUCCAUAAAGAUAAUCAGAAGAAAACAAGAUUUAUGUAUACCAACUCUUCAUCUUAUUCGCAUUUUUUAAUUACCUAUGGAAUAUAUUACCUACUCUUAACCCUUAAUUGCAUAAUGGGUCAAAUAUGGAACGUUCAUUUUGAAAAAUUCUACAAGUGUUAAAAAAAUAUUUUUUUUGCUCGGAAACAUAAUGUUCCAUUUUCGGAACCUUUCUACAUUCUACAGAAAAAAUUAUAUACAAUUCCCUCCAUAUGAAAAAAAAAUACAAACGUUCACAUUCGGCCAGGCGAGAAUUUCAUAAACAGCUGAUUUCUCACGUUUUCAAAACUCUGUGGAAGCGCUGUAAUCUACCGUAAAUGACCUGAAAAAAAUUUUUCUAGGUAGUUGGCGGUCUCUAGUUGAUGUAGAAUGAACGAAAAACGACCGACCUGCAAAUAUAUUACCUUGGUGACCGAAAAUAUGAGUGUUCCAAAUCUGGCACAUUAUGAGUUCAGUGAACAAAUUUUUCCAAAAGAGUGUUCCAAAUCUGGAACAUCAUGGGUUCAGUGAACAAAUUUUUCCAAAAAAGGUGAUAAGUUUCUCUUAUCACAAACUCUUUCUUUCACUCGAGUACUCAAAUACUGUUUUAUUAGGCUAUGAUUAUACUGAACUUAGCUGUAAACUUGACCGUCAACUUAUUCACAUAAUUUUGGAUAGCCAACAAUUUUUUUUCGCAUUUAAACCGAGUUUAUGUUAAACUGAGUUCAAAUCCGUAUUCUACAACUGGCCCUGAGUGUUAAAUAUAAGGAAUAAGUUCACGGCUAAGUUCAGUAUAAUCAUAGCUUUACUUUUCAUACCGGCUGUGUACUUGUUUCGAUCAUUUUUAGUUGAAUUUCGGCACAGAUGUUCCGAAAAUGGAACAUUACUUCUAUCACUGAAUACAUAAUGUGCCAUAUGUGGAACACACUUUAUUUCACCCUUUUCGGGGGUUGUUUUGGGGGGAUGAUUUUUUUCAUUAUUUUUCCCAUGUUAUAGACCACCAAAACUAACAAAAAAAAAUUUUUUCACUGAAUUUUAAAAUGUCAUGCAAUUAAGGGUGCAACUACGAGUAUUAGUGAUCCUCAUCUCAUCAGACUGGAUUCAAAAUCGGGCUUGGAAUAAAACCAAAACCAAAAGAAAAACCUUGGUUCUCUUUUACCAUUAAAUCCGAGAAUCCAGGAUUUUAAUUGAAGUCCAAUUCAGUAAGCUCACGCCAGAUCCUAUCCCUCCUCCCCAAACUUAAAUUUCAGACUUUUUGAAAACAACAAAACUUUUGGGUCCUGUAACGGGCAGAAUUCUGAUUGCAUUAUUUUUUUCUCAAUUAUACAGAAUACAGAAUAUUUAUAUUUUAGCUUUUGUCUUUUACAAACAAUAUUUAGAUACAUUAAAUGCCCCUCUAUACCAACGAAGGUGAGCGAGGAGGCCGCAGUUAAACAAAACCAGUGAAAACAACGCAAGGAAAAAAAACACAAACAAAAACAACAAAAAAACAAAAAAAAUAUACAGAUAAAAAAAUAUAUAUAAUAAGUGAAUCGGUGGGUGCAGAAAGGGAACAAGUCCAUUUUCGCAUCUUUUCAGGAAUAACUAAAAACUGAUUUAUUUGAAAAUCAAAAGUUUUUGGUAAACAUGCUCAAGGUCAUUGAAAGAGGACCCCAAGACACAAUUUUUAGCACUGUUUAGAAAAAAAAAUAUUCACGUGCGCCGCGCCGGCGCUGUUGCUGCCUAAACAAAUGGGACUUAGACCCUUUCUGCACCCAAUCCACAAAAUUUUUUUUGAAAUUGCUCGGGCACGAAUGGGCCUUGAUUCUACAUCUAAGUACAUCAUUUAGACUGCUAUCUCGUUUAAAUUGACCAAAAACCCAUUGAGUUCUAAGACUUUUUGCCGAAGUUGUUAAUUUUUUCAUCAUUUUUCAGUUCACAGAUCAACUUAAAUUUCAAAAAAUGGUCUUCUCAAAAAUGUUAGUUAUGUUUCAAGGAAUUUAAAAAAUUUUACAAAAAAGUCAUGAAUGCGGAUCCGCCCUUUUUCUGCGCCCAAAUACCACUUUCCCGGCAGUUUUGUGGAAAUCUGACAUCACCAGUCGAUCCGCCGUACUUUGAAACCCCUAUAUCCGUGAAAAAAAUUUUUCCAAAAAUGUGACUUGUUCCCUUUCUGCACCCACCGAUUCAAGUAUAAAUUCAUACACCAAUAAUUAAUAACAAGCAACUUAAUGAAGGAGUGUUAUCGCAAUAGUAACAGUAGAGAGGAAUAAUAACAAUAAAAAUGUUUCGAGGUAAUAGCAAUAGUAACAGUAACAGUAACAGUAAUAGUAAUUAGCUACGUAUUUUGGUACCUACCUAUUGUUUUGCGAACUUGACUUUUUGAAACUCAAAAUGUUUUCUAAACAUUCAAACGUUUCUUCAUUAAGAACGUAUUUUUCAAAGUACCUAUUCUUAUGCUAAACAAAGCUACGGUAUCCAAUCAUUAACAUGGGUUUAACUUGUAGAUAUUAUUUUGUUGGAGAGUGGAUUUCUUCAGAGUCAUUUUCUAAUUCGAAUAAAAUGCCAAACCUCAGUAAGUAAACCUUUAAAAGUCGUUAUUUUAUUAUCAGAGGGCAUUUCGAAUCAGUGGGUGAUAAUUUAUCACAUUGGAACUCGUGUGUGAAUUAUUGUACUGCCUCCACUGCAUAUGUUUAACCCGCUAUCGUUAACCGGAAGGAUAACACACAGAAGGGGUAAAACAAACCGGAACUGAGCAUUCAAUAAGAGAUAAACCACACAAUUAUAUGUAAUAUCGGUCGGACCAUAUAUCCUAUGUUUCAUGUGACAAUUUGUAAUAAACUGGUUCACAUUGAGUGGAAAGUUUUUCAAAAAUGGUUAAAGUCAAAGAAUUUGCUUGCGGUUGUAGCGUCCGUACUGGAGCGUUAAUUAUAUUAUGGACCACAUUGAUUUUGGAUGGCAUCAGGUCGUUAUCCUAUUUUGCAAGACUUCUUUAUGAUCCCAAUUGGACGUAUUAUGCACGAACUGCUCAAGGACAUUCAGCUUUACUGACCAUUUUCCUCGAUAUGGUUUUUUUGACCGCUUGCACUGCUGGAAUGGCUGUAUCUACCUUUGGUCUCUACGCGAUACAAAAGAGAAAACCAGAAUUCUUGAAUUUGUGCUAUUACUAUUAUUUAGGGUACACAGCAUAUUGGGUAUUCAUUGUAUUGAUAAUCGUCAUCAAGCCUUCUUUUUACUAUGACGUCACAGUGAUAAGCCCUAUUCACUAUUUUGCCAGAUACAAUGGCAUAGAAAGAUACACCAUGGUAUUCGCUUUGGCAUAUUUCUUCUUAGCAGUUUUCACAGGGUACAUGGCAGUGGUGCUUAAAAGUUGCAAAGAGUACAUGGUGACGAACACUGAAGAAGGUUUUGAUCCAGAAAUGCCCGAUCCAACGACUUUGGGGUACAAAGCUGCUUCAUAAUACCUAUAAUUGCAUUUUUCGUAUUUUUACAACACUUUAAGCUUACCUAUAUUAAUGUUUACUACGCUAAAUAUACACGAUGAUAAUUAAUGAA